CACCCGCCCGCUCAGUUCUGCAGAGACAGAAUACACUGUCCCCUCGCCUGUCGGGGGCCUCAGCUACGUCCAGGGCCCUACCCGAGUUCCUCUGAUCAACAACACCGUGGGCCAGUGCCUGGACACCUCAGCGCAGAGGUUCCCCAACCGAGAGGCCCUAGUCGUCCUCCACGAGGACAUCAGGGUGACCUUCGCCCAGCUCAAGGAGCAGGUGGACAAAGCUGCUUCCGGUCUGCUGAGCAUUGGCCUCUCUAAAGGUGACCGGCUGGGCAUGUGGGGGCCCAACUCCUAUGGCUGGGUGCUCAUGCAGCUGGCCACCGCCCAGGCAGGCAUCGUUCUGGUAUCUGUGAACCCAGCCUACCAGGCUAUGGAGCUGGAGUACGUCCUCAAAAAGGUGGGCUGCAAAGCCCUCGUGUUCCCCAAGCAAUUCAAGACCCAGCAGUACUACAACAUCCUGAAGCAGAUCUGCCCCGAGCUGGACAAGGCCCAGCCAGGCGCCCUGAAGAGUAAGAGGCUCCCGGAUCUGACCACCGUGAUCUCGCUGGACUCCCCUCUGCCGGGGACCCUGCUGUUGGAUGAGGUGGUGGCAGCAGGCAGCGCAGAGAAGCACCUGGCCCAGCUGCGGCGUACGCAGCAGUUUCUGUCCUGCUAUGACCCCAUCAACAUCCAGUUCACCUCGGGGACGACAGGCAGCCCCAAGGGGGCCACCCUCUCCCACCACAAUAUUGUGAACAACUCCAACCUGAUCGGCCAGCGCCUGGGCCUGCCCCUGAAGCCGCCACAGGAGUUGCGGCUGGUCCUGCCCAGCCCCUUGUACCACUGUCUGGGCUCCGUGGGGGGCACAAUGGUGUGUAUGCUGCAUGGUGCCACCCUCCUCCUGUCCUCUCCAAGCUUCAGUGGCGAGAAGGCGCUGGAAGCCAUCAGCAGAGAGAAAGGCUCCAUUCUGUACGGCACCCCCACGAUGUUCGUGGAUAUCCUGAACCAGCCAGACUUCUUCAGUUAUGACAUCUCAUCCAUACGUGGAGGUUUGAUCGCCGGCUCCCCUGCACCCCCAGAGCUGAUCCGAGCCAUCAUCAACAAGAUGGACAUGAAGGAGCUGGCGGUUGCUUAUGGAACCACAGAGAACAGUCCCGUGACCUUCAUGAACUUUCCUGAGGACAGCCUGGAGCAGAAGGCGGAAAGUGUGGGCAGGGUCAUGCCGCACACGGAGGCCCAGAUUGUGAGCGUGGAGACCAGGGAGCUGGCGGCGCUGAACACCCCCGGGGAGCUGUGCAUCCGCGGCUACUGCAUCAUGCUGGGCUACUGGGGCGAGCCGCACAAGACCUUCGAGGCCGUCGGGCAGGACAAGUGGUACCGCACAGGAGACAUCGCCACCAUGGACGAGGAGGGCUUCUGCAGGAUCGUGGGGCGCUCGAAGGACAUGAUCAUCCGGGGCGGUGAGAAUAUCUACCCUGUGGAGCUGGAGGACUUCUUCCACUCGCACCCGCAGGUGCAGGAGGUGCAGGUGGUGGGAGUGAAGGACCAGAGGAUGGGGGAGGAGAUCUGUGCCUGCAUCCGGCUGAAGAGCGGGGAGACCACCACGGAGGAGGAGCUCAAAGCUUUCUGCAAAGGAAAGAUCUCCCACUUCAAGAUUCCCCGCUACAUCGUGUUUGUCACUGACUACCCCCUCACCAUCUCAGGAAAGGUCCAGAAAUUCAAGCUCCGAGAGCGGAUGGAACAGCACCUGAAACUGUAAAUCCGAGGUGGGGUCCAGCCGGGCCCACCUCGUCCCUCCCACGUCCCCGUGGUCUUGGUGACUGGGCACAGAUCUCUGUGUGUGCCCGAGCUCCACUGGCAUACUCUGUUGGCAGCUGGCAGGGUGGGGAGGGAAGACACCCACGGGACUGUGCCCCGAGUAUUUUGCCUUGCAUUAGCCACUUAAUGUAACCCUUACCUCAUCCAUCGGAAUUCCAACCUUUGUAGGCUUUCCUGAAUUCUUUCUCCUACUGGUGCCAGAUUAGUCCAGCAGGAAACAUUCUUUUUUUUUUUUUUUUUUUAAGUAACAGCUUCAGUGG